AUGCCUGCUGUUUUAGAGGAUUACCAGAAGAAUUUCCUUGAUUUGGCUGUGGAAAGUCAAGCCUUGAAAUUCGGGUCUUUUAAGCUCAAAUCAGGUAGGGUUUCUCCAUAUUUCUUUAACUUGGGGUUGUUUAACACUGGUAAAUUGCUUUCUAAUCUGGCUACUGCUUAUGCGAUUGCCAUUAUUCAAUCUGACCUGAAAUUUGAUGUUAUCUUUGGACCUGCUUACAAGGGGAUCCCAUUGGCUUCGAUCGUAUGUGUGAAGUUGGCAGAGAUUGGUGGAUCCAAGUUCCAGGAUGUUCAAUAUGCGUUCAACAGGAAGGAGGCUAAGGAUCAUGGGGAAGGCGGUAACAUCGUUGGUGCAUCCCUAGAGGGCAAGAGAAUCCUGAUCAUCGAUGAUGUGAUGACCGCGGGUACCGCAAUUAACGAAGCAUUUGAGAUUAUCGCUCAAAACAAUGGCCAAGUGGUUGGUUCCAUUAUUGCCUUGGACAGACAGGAAGUCGUCAGUACCGAGGACAGAGAAGGUCUAAGUGCUACCCAGUCGGUAAGUAAAAGGUUCGGCAUCCCCGUGUUGAACAUCGUCUCCUUGACUCAUAUCAUUAACUACUUGGAUGGUAGAAUCUCUCCUGAGGAGAAAAAGGAAAUUGAAGAGUAUCGUCAAACCUACGGCGUACUAUAG